CCUUCUCACACCACGCACGUACUACAACACACACAAAGCAAAUAUCUACCUUAAGCAUCCCUCUCUCGCAUUGAAGCUUCUCUUACUUCAACCCCGAUUGCCAUUGUCUAAAGACAAUUGGCCAAUUCGCCUGCCGUCGCGUUAUUGACACGUCGCACGUUUUUGUCAGCCUCACCUUCACCUGCGUCGAAUCGCAUACAGUGCCACGCGCCCCCAACUUCUUACCUCUUCCACCCACUCAAAUCAAUUCUGUCACUCAACCUACAACUUAACUUUACUUCUCCACCAUUUCACAUUUCAACAACGCCCACCACACUGGUGUUAUCGCCGAUUUGACUGCUAUCGUUGAAACUCCCUUCUAAGAAGGGAAUCAUUUACACCACAUAUCAUAUUGUCUAACCUAAGUCUUAAGAGAUGGCUGAGGUUCAGGCUCGAUCACAGGCACCAACCUCUCGUGGCAGAGGUGGUGGCCGCGGUGGCAGAGGAGGCUUCGCCAGCCGUACUUCUACGAACAGACGGACUAAUGGCGAUAAGUUGACGAUUGCAGAUACGACCGCUUUCGAUGACGACGGUGAUGUUAGCCAACUCAGGAAGCAGUAUGGUGGAAAGCUCGACACUAUUAAAGAGCUCUUCCCGAACUGGUCGGAUGCCGAUAUUCUCUAUGCACUAAAGGAAACAGACGGUGAUGUUGAAGUCGCCGCUACACGAAUUGCUGAAGGUACUAUCUCCCAGUGGGGCGAAGUAUCAAAGCAGAAGAAGACCACUACCCGCCCUAAGCCUAAGGAUGCUUCCGCUUCAGGUGGCCUCGCCGAAUCGACCAGUCACAACAGACCAGUUCGUGGCGGUCGCUCAGAUGGUGUACGAGGUGGUCGUGGUCGUGGUAAUGAGCGAGGUCGAGGAAGUGGCAGAGGCCGGGCAACUUCUCAUACUACUACAAAUGGUCAACGGUCAAAGGAGAACCAGCAACUUUCCGUUCCCACUGAAGAAUCCUCUGGGUGGGGAACCACCAAUAUCACCACUGAAGAAGCUAUUAUCAACGAUCAAGGCGCCCCAGCUUGGGGCACAACUGAUUCUAUUACCGAAGAUGCUGCUACUCCCGCGCCCGCCACCGCUACUACUGAUUCGGCUCCCGCUAAACCUAGUGUUAUCCCGCAAGGUACACAGAAGACCUGGGCUAGCAUGCUACGCCAGUCAACCGCCCCGAAACCAACACCGAAACCGAAGGAAGCCCCUGCGCCAAAGCCUGCCGAAGUGUUGGAACCUCUUCCGCCAGCCGAACCUAUCGCCACCCCCGCCCCCGCCCCCGAGCCCGAACCGCAGCCUACACCUGAGGAAGCCCCGAAAGAGGCCGCCGAACAGCCUGCCCCUGUAGAGACGCCUAAGGUUGUCGAACCCGAAGUGGCACUACCCCCUCCCGAAGACGAUUUAACCCGAGUCAACCUCGAGCAGCUACCCGACGAAUCUCAACCUCCGGCGACCGCUACAGCUGCUAGCACAGCCGCAGAUUCCUGGGAUCCCAGACAACCGCAGCAUAGUGCUACGGCGACUCCGCUCUCGGCCUCCCAGGCGCAGCACCAGACUACACGCCCAGCUGCUAGCGGCUUUGCGACAACCGCGAUUAAGGCAACCGAACGACCUGCCCCCCGCAUGCCUAGUUAUCAAAAGCGCCUUCUUGAGCAGGAAGAAGCGGUCCGAAUGCCUGGGAACCGCGAGGUCGACCGUGCCGCCGUACAAUUCGGUGCUUUCAGCCUAAACGGAAUCGAAGAUGAUAUCGAUGGUGACCGUGAGGAUCCUGAGACUAGAACUCAACCGCCACCUGAAUCUCCGAUCGCCGUUCCCCGUGCCUCGUUGCCCCCGGUAUCUCAACCUGCAGCAGUACCCGACGCAUUUGCGGCCACUCAGAAGCCGGCUACCUCUUUACCCUCAGCACCCAGCGCAACUGCGACACCCGUAGCCCCGCCGACCGGUCCCGCCGCCAUUACAGCACAGCCGCCGCAAGCGCCCUCGAGCAACCAGCAAUUUGGACGCUAUGGUCAAGCCAAUACGCAAGAACCGGCCGGCUUCCCACAGAAAUCAUUCGAUACCUUCGGCCAGCAGACUGCUACCAGCUCGGCUGGCCUCGAUAACUUCCCAACGCCUACCACCCAAGCGUCAGGACCGCAAGCUAGUGGUGCAUUUAGCUCCGCACCGAGUGAUUACCCACCGUAUUCAAACGACCCGCAGCUUCGUAGUUCAUACAAUAAUUAUUAUGGGCAACAGCAAUAUGGGCAACAGCAUACUGGCCAAAGCCAUCACGAGACUUCAAACGCUCCAAACCGUGGAUUUAGCAGCUACAAUGCCGGUCAGAAUGAUAACUUAAGUCAGUAUCCGCAGAGCGGCGCUCAGCAGACUAGAUACGGAGCUACUGCUCCCGCCGAGUCUCACAACAGUGGCCACAAUACACCAAAUCCGAUCGGCCAAGGCGGCCAACAGGCUUCGAGCCAAGCUACUCAGCCUCAAUCGAACCUUCAUCAACAGCCACAUACAAACCAAUAUCCCUAUUCUCACCCGUACUACUCGAGUCCGUACUACGCCCAGUACAUGAGCCAGUAUGGCGGUGCCUAUGGACAGGGAGCAUACGGCAGCCCAUACGGUAAAGGGGGACUUUAUGGACAACCCCACCAGUACGGGAUGUCUCCACAGGGCCCUUACGACCACGCCUCUUCUCCCGCAACGAGCGGCUUUGGUCAAUCCUCUCUCGGUGGUCGCGAUAGCGCAAUAGCUUCCGGCAUCGAUAACUACGGUCGCGCAGGCUCUACUCAGUCGGGUGCGCCAGGCGGUCUUGGUGGCAGUGGGUUCGGCGGGAUGCACGACACGUUCGGACGUGGCUCAGGUUACCCCUCUCAGGCAGGGCAGUCUUUCAACGCCCCGAACGCACCUGCUUCAAGUACGGGCCCAGUAAACGACGACUUGAAACCGUAUGGCGACUCGAAGGCAGCUGGUGGACCUAGCCCUUCCCUUAGCGCCGCCGCAAGACCUGGUUCCGCUACAAACACUGUUGCGGCAUCUGGCCUUCCACCUCCCCAGUCAGCCCAGCAAGGUAUGGGCGGAUAUGGAGGCUACCCCAGCCAUCUAAGUCACGGUCUGCACGGCAACCAGUCCGCAGGGAGCGCCUAUGGCCUCGGGGGCACCGGUGGCCAAGGGCACGGCAAUGGUCCGUAUGGAAGUUACGGAGCCAACCAAGGUUUCGGCAACUAUUACGGCGGUCGGCAACAGCAAGGUGGUUGGGGUGGUAACUACCACUAGUCAUCACGCAAGCGGCUGAAUCGCAGACAUCCCCGGACCUGAUUAAGAGGCAUCGGGUUAGAUCCGAUAAGUACUACUAGAUCUGAAGUACUACUAGCAUUGGUAACAACAGUGACCAUGCCACCUUUUCUUUUUCCGCAAAGUUGAUCAUGAGACUUUCUCUACUCUAAUGAGCUCUUGGGGGUUAUCGCUUACUCCCUCGUUUUGAUUGGCGGGGGCAUGGAACGGACCAGAAAAGUUCUUGCUGAGAGGUACGGGGGGUCUGAGAUUUGCAUGUACGAUUGUUUUUUCCUUACACAGGGUUACAUCUCCGGCAUCGAGGCUACGGUGCCUACACUAGGAUUAGGAUGAUACCGAUUACCAAAACUUUUCAUACUCGGUUGAGCAACCCACAUAUUGUACACCCUAUUGAUACUUGUGAUGGACAGUUUAAUGUUGAUGACGAUUGUGACAUGUGUAUCAAGAAGUGUUAUCACGUCGAGAAUUGACUAUUCCAUACAUGUGUAAUUAUGAGAUGCUUUCUAGAUUGUUCAACGAUAAAAUAAUCAGUAC